ACAAGGGCAGGACCGCAUCCCGGAGCUGCCUGAAGCAGCUAGCUCUUUAUUCAGACCUAACCAUUGCUUAUUUGGUUAAUACACCAAAGAGAGUAUCUCGGAGCAUUGCUAUCGAGGUUACUCCACAGCCUCAGCUGGAAAUCUGAGUCUGAAUCGGGAGGCAAGUCAUCUCAGAGAGGCUGCCGACACCACGGAGAAAGUGACGGACGGAGCAGAGCCUCAUCACCGGGAUUUUACAUCGCGUCACUUAAGGAUAUUCCAGGCAGCUGCUUUGGCCCAGCCAAAGGGUACCUUCACUCACUAUUGCCUAGAUAAUAUUACUAACAUUCGCAUGAUACAUUUCACCUAAGGUCUUCUAUAGUGAGCAGGCGGACCACAUUAAACCCAUGCGUAACAGCGGUGGAUUUGGGAAUACUGCGUAGCAGUUCAACCAUCCAGUCUUUCGAUUAUCACUUCUGUUAUUUGGAGGUAUUUACAAGCGAAAAGAAGAGCAACCAGGACCUUUUACUUUGUUCCGGAGGCUAAACCUUGAAAACCCGAAGCGCACUUGGUGCGCAAUCCUUCCAAAGACGCUCCUGAAAUUGCCGACCUGCGCUUUUGCCCUCGCCAAAAAUUGGCAGCCGAAUCGAGAGAAAAGGCAAAUCUUAUUAACUUCGCAUGCUAGAGGCUAUUGUGGAAUCUAAUUCGCACGGCUACCGGUAUAUUUGCAUACAAUUGGAAGAGGAGGAUAAACUUAAUCAACAUUUGACAUCGACUAAGCGGCUGCUGGAUUUUGGAGAACAGAAUGAAUCCUUUUUAAUUUGGACCACAGAAGUAUGAGGCAGAUUUCUCAGUGAAUGCUACAAUCUGCAUGGAGUUCUAGUCUGCACUACGGAGCAAUUUAUGGUUUGCCGCAGAACUCCCCCGGCUAUAGUACUGUGCCCACCUCGCCAUGCUGGCCUGUCUGCAGAGGAGGCAAAACCCUCCACCCCAGCACCCGGUGUGUGCCAGCAAGACCCUGGAGCCCCCGCAAGCCCUUGGACGGAAAUGUGAGCUGGUGGUUCCCACACAUUCCCCACGCUACCCCACUGCGGCAGAACUUAAUGCUUUCGCUCAGAAAACGGCCAACAGCCCUCUGUCUAUCAAGAUCUUCCCCACCAACAUCAGGGUUCCUCAGCACAAGCACCUUAAUCGGACUGUGAAUGGAUUUGACACCACAGGGCAACGCUACAGUCCCUAUACCCACGCAGGGGGCAACCAGGGCCUGCUCGCUAUCGUCAAGACCUCCUCAUCGUCAUCAUUAUCAACAGCCACCUUUGGCCCUUCAAAAGGUGUUCUCAAGAACUCCGAAGGCAGACGGACUAAGCUCUCUCCAGCCCACAUAGCUGUCGCCCCAUACCCUCCCCCUAGUAGUAGCACUUUAGCCAGUGGCCGCGGCCAAAUGGUAUACCACACUGGGCCAUCAAAGCCUCCAAAAGGCCCCGUACUGUCAGUUCCCCCAAAUGUCACUGUAGCUGGCUCAGUGAUUCCUGUAACAGGGGGCCGAGGCUUGGCCCUGCCCGCACAGUCCAACCUCCCCUCCAUCCAGAGCAUCAUCUACCAGAUCAACCAGCAUUGCCAGGCCCAGGCUCUGCAGCAGGUGUGCCAGGGGGCUGCCGCUGCACCGUCAAAUUCCAGCCCCUCCAAGCAGGGCACAACUGUCAUGGGGGUCUCAUCUAGCUCCUCAGGAGGAGGCUACGUAGUAGGAAUGGGUUCCCAGGCUAAUAUGGUAUACACAGGGCCCGGGCUGCCGGCUCAAAAUGCAGAGGCAAUGAAGUCUGGUGUGUACGCAGAUAGUAUGGACUACAUUCUUUGGCAAAAGCAGCAACAACAACAACAACAACAACAGCAGCAGCAGCAGCAGCAGCAGCAGCAGCAGCAUCAUCAUCAUCAUCAACAGGCUGUGCUCCGCAUGUACAGCGGAGGUAGCGGAGGAGGGGGCGCCAUCAGCAAGUCCCCCGAAACUUGUGUUCCAGGGGGAGGGAUUAUGGCGGCACAAAUGUCCUCCUCUUCCUCCAGACCUUACCACCUGACAGCGAGUGCCAGCGGAGGAGGCGGGAUGGACAAAGUCAGCUCAUCCCCUUUGAACUGUGUGGGUAUGCAUGGAAAUUUCUCAGUGGGUCAAUACUUUGCCCCUCCGUGGAACAGUGUGUUGGUGACACCUGACAGUGACUGCUACAAUCCCCAGGAGCUUUUGGCCACCUCCACAGGAGGGCCGGUCACAGGGCACAGAGAGAUGGGCUACCCCCACCACCAUCACCACUACCACCAUCAUCAUCACCCUGCUAUAGACAGUGGGGGAGGUUUAUGCUGCAGCCUGCCCAGCAAGAGCUUGUGCAACACAUCAGUGCUGAGCAGCAGCUUGCAGUCUCUGGAGUACCUGAUCAACGAAAUCCACCCACCCUGCAUCAAGGAGCAGAUGCUUGGCAAAGGCUACGAGACUGUGUCUGUGCCACGUCUGUUAGACCACCAGCAUGCACACAUCCGCCUCCCUGUUUACAGAUAGAGGGGGAAGUAGAGGAGGAAGAGAAUCAAGAGUUUUGAAUUUGUGAAGAAAAUCAAAGUUAAAGAACAGAGAUGUUUUUUUAUGGGAACAGAUUGUUGUGAGUGGCACUGCUUUAACUAGUGUGGGAGCUUAUAGAAGAGCGGUUGUUGUGCUAUGUGACCCUAGGUUUGGUGGUUUCAAGGCACGCUGUGGCAAUCCCCAUAUGAAAGGUGGUAGUGAUUGCCAGUGGGAGAGAAAAAGGGAUUUCAAGAUUCUCCAGAUGUUCCAUUGUGUGGUUUGCCAAUAGGAAUUUUGGAUUGAUUUAUUUUUUCUUUGUUUCUUUUUUUUUUUGCUGUUGUUUUACUUGCCUGAACUUUUUGAGGAGAAUUAUAGCUUGACAUGAAGUGCAUAUGGCACUUGUAUCCCCCUUCCAAAUACUAAGGAUGAAGCUACUGUGUAGGUUGUCACUGAAAGGGUCUUAAAAGGGCCGACGUUUAGGGCUGCUUUCAAAAUCCAAAACUCUGUAACAAUACACAAAUAAACACACAUAGACAAACACAUACAGAUACACAAUGUAUACACAAUAAUACUCGGGUGUGUAUGUACAAGGAUCAUAAGGUUGAAUUAAAAGGAUAGUACAAUAUUAGUUAUGAUUGUUGUUAUAAUUGAUACAUAAAUUGCACUGCUUGAAUCUUGUUAACUUUGAAGUUUGGAAUUGGGUAGAUUGGAUAUGAUAUAUUUAAGAAACUUGAAAAACUUGAACCUAUUUUUUGUUGUUUUAUAUAUUUGUAGGUAUAUUAUAUGCAUUGGCUGCUAUGGGGAAAAGUGUCUCAAAUGCUUUUUUCAUUUUAUUUUUUCCACUUUUGUUUUUAUGAUUUAAUAAUUCCUCCUCAAGCUGAUGUGCAGUUUCUUAUGUCCUGGUGUGAGGCAUAGUCGCUGCUUUGGUUCUGUAAGAACCUGGUCGGAGAGUUCUUUUUCCUAACCAACACUGGAAUCUACAAUAAAUCUUGAAAUACUUAUUUAAAAAAGAAAAUGUCGCAAAAAAAAACCAACCAUGAAAAAGAAAUGUUACAAUGAAGAAUGUGAUUGGGAGG